AUGGAAAAAGAAAUUCCAAGAAUGCAACCCAAAUGUAAGAAGAUGUCAAGUGAUAUAUCAUUUGAUCCCACAACAGGACUUGAGGAAGGAAACAGCAAUGAAAGGCUCUUGGGACUAUUGCUCAUUUUUGUUGAUCUUGCAUUGAUGGUUACGGAUAUUGCAGUCACUUCAAGCAAGCUUUAUAUUCCUUUGGAAUAUAGAAGCAUCUCCUUUGUGAUUGCUCUCUAUUUUCUUGUGGACAUUCUUCUUCAAGUCUAUGUAAAAGGGAGCAAGCAUUAUUUUUCUGACAUACUUAACAUCUUAGAUGCCGUCAUCAUAGGAAUCAUUCUACUUAUCGAUGUCACAUACAUAUUCUUUUAUGCUGGAUUUUUUAAAGAUAUUCAAAGAAUGUCUGUGUUCUUUCGACUACUGAGGCUUGUAACACUUAUGCGAAUAUUCCAUCUUGCCAAUCAGAAAAGACAUCUAGAAAGAGUAAUCAGAAGACUGGUGUCUGGUAACAAGGGUCGAUAUGAAAAGGAUGGAUUUGAUCUAGAUCUCACCUAUAUCACUGAACGGCUAAUUGCUAUGUCGUUUCCAUCCUCUGGGAAACACUCAUUCUAUAGGAAUCCCAUGGAGACCUAUAAAGAUUAUGUGGUCUAUGACUCAGUAGGGCGCACGGGGACCAUGAUUUGUGUCUGCCUAAUUGCAACUGGCACAUUUUUAACCGCCAAGGAAAGCCUGAAGUACUUUGGGGAUAGAAGAACCGACACAAGUUUCAGCAAGAAAUUUCAAGGUGUUGAAACUCCUUCCCAAAGUCGAUAUGUUGGUUAUUUUGAAACCAUCCGAAAUGUAUGUAAUUGGCAGCUACCAUUGAAGAAAAUACUCAAAAUUACCAAGAUUGUCAUUUACUCCAUUCAAGGUUACACUUUUCAAGGUGGAGCCUUUACAGGAGAGAAGCCUCAAGAACGCUAUCGACUGCUUUUUUCUCAGACCAACUUCUCAUUCCUGGUUCAUCUCAGCAAUGCAGGCCCUGUUUCACAUGAUCCUGAAAAAAACAGGGCAAUAUUUAUUGUCCCCAACUGCCCGGACUUACAAAAUGAUGUCAAAGUGAGGUUUCUGUCAACGAAUCUUCCUAACCACUACGACGAAUGCGCCUUCUUUUUCUGGUUCCACGCUUCCAUGAUAGAGGGAAACAGACUUUAUUUAACAAGGAAUGAGUUGGAUAAUCCUCAUAACAAAAACACCUGGAGUAUAUAUCCUCCAGAUUUUGCUGUCGAAAUCAUCUUUGAAGAAGUAUUUUCAUAA